CAGGAGCGCGUGGUUUGCUGUGUGGGCAUUCGGGUUUUGGCAGCCACCGGAGACGGUUUGGAAGGUACGGUGUUCUCGGGCAAUAAAGGUUGGAACGUAACAGACUGGCGACGACAAUGGGAUGGGAGAUGCUGACCGCGUUCGUCUAAGUUUUAGGAACGGAUCUUCAUCUCCGACGGGAUCGAUGACUACGCUGGGUCGGAUCGAGCCGUUCGACGAGGCUUCAACGGAUUGGAACACCUACGCCGAACGAGUGGAACAGUUCUUCAUCGCAAACGCCGUCUCGGAAGAAAGGAAAACUGCUGCAUUCCUCAGCAUUAUAGAAGAUUCUUGGACCAACGACAGGGAUUCCUUCCAUGGCAGCGGCACGGCUGCAACGCUGGGCCUGUAUCCUGGCAGCCCACCGGUACAACAUAGUCUACAGGACGUCAGAGGCAAAUGCGAAUGCAGAUUUCCUGUCAAGACUCCCCCAGACAACCCAGGAGUCUCAAGGCGAAAUAGUCGACGAGACCUAUGUCUUCUUCUGCGACUAUCUCGAAAAUAUUCCCGUAACAAAAAUGCGAAGCACGCAACAACGGGGGAAAGUCCUGCCAAUCUUCUUCUGCGGCGGAGUCUCCGCACACGAUUGGACCUCAUACGGCCGUCUGUCGCCGAGUCAGUGGCAACGAGUCAGCUUCGACAAUCUGGAAGAGCAGGGCGUGAAGCAACCUUCGCUGACGGACAACAUGUAUAUGCCAGGGACUACCAAGGGGCCUCGAAAUGGCGGCGAGCAACGGUCGUUUGUCGGAGAGGACCUGUAUCGUACAAGGUUCAAGUUCCGUCAGGUAGCAUUUGGCGACGUCACCUAGACCAGCUCAGACCAGAAGGUUCCGAUGACUUCACUUCGGUUCCAUCACAAGAGGUCGACAACAGUGAGGACGCUGGAGAUCCUGCGAAGUCCGUUGCGCAAGAGGUGUCACCACCGGAGCGACAACCACGGGAGCAAGAUAUGUCCGACGCAGCGAGCUCGACGAGUGCAGCGCGGCGGUACCCAGAACGUGUGAGGCGGCCUCCUGACAGACUGACUGUGGUGUAG